AUGGUGAACCCAUCUGUCUCCGACGCGGCCGCGAGAUGCAAGGCACCCAUGUUGACUUGUCUCUGCUCGCCGACGAACCACCCGGGCUCCUUCCGCUGCAGCCGCCACCGAACUCCCCGCGGCUGGCCACUGCAGUCCUCGUCCUCCGUCCGCGCCUCGCUUCAGCAAGCCGCGGCGCCGGGCGUGACGUGGAGCAGGAGCAGCGGUGGAAGCAGGGCGACGAGCAAGGGCCGGCCCGUCCUGCGCGCGCACCUGCAGGGGCUGCUGGCCAGCCCGCCGCCGUCCUCCGGCCGCCGCGACCACCGCCGCUGCCGCGAGUUCAAGCCCCGCCUCUCCAGGCUGGGCCGCCUCGCCGCCGCCAGUUCGUGUCGCCAGCCCCGGCACCUUGCUCUGCUUCGUUCGUAGUGCGCCUCUUCUUCGCGCGCACGCAUAUGCGUCCUGUAGGAUUAGCGGCCUGGAGCCUAGCUUUGCAAAAAAAAUCUUACAGCGACUCAACUCUUUGCUGAGUAGUACUCAACUGAUUGUUACUGGUACCAAAAUGUGUAUAUACGUCUCCUUGUAAAUUUUCUCCGGAGGCGGAA